GACGACGACGAGAACGACGGCGGCGACGUCGACGUCGUCGAGGACGAGCGCAGCAGAUUGUCAGCGAAACUCGCCGCGCGACCAAGAAGAAGAAAAGUUCUGUCUUCAGUGCCAUCAGUCGUUCUCGCUACGUUCUCGAGAAAGCGCGCGCGUUGUGCCACAACAUUCGCAGAGUCCGUCGUGUAGAGUCUACAUCCACAUCACUCGAGGGGAUCCUACUUGAGUGCAACUCCGGAGGUGACCUCGAAGAUCGCAGCGAUACGCGAAAUCGAGAGCGAGCACGAAAAAGAAGAGAGAAACGGAGAGAUAGGCAAGGAGGAGCUGGAUAUCGAUACGAUUUUGGAUUCUGGUGUCGAGUCUCCAGAGAGUACCUCUGUACCUCUACACCUCCGCGCUGGUCCAAUUGCGUGACCGAAAGAGUGCGGAAAGAGUGCAUCGAGAGUGUUCAGAGAGAGAGAGAGAGAGAGAGAGAGAGGGAGAGAAAAAGGAAGUGCAACUCGGGAGGGUGUCGCGAAUAGGCACAACACGCGGAGGGUCAAGAAUCAGGGUAUGAAAUAGGGUGACUCGGUGCGUCGCUCCAGUGUUUUCGUUCACCUGGCUCAUCCACCCUCCGAGAGGCGGAGGGCGGUAAAGCAUCGAUCGCUCGCCAUUUUGCGCGACGGCCGACAUCUUUUGCGCGCAUCGACGACAUCUUGCCGCGUGACAUCUUGAGCGAUACGAAAGGUACAGCGGCUGCGGACUUAUUACGUCAAGAGACAGGAUAUUUCUGUGCCCCUUUCACAAGUACGUCUGGUUGUACGUUCAUCGAUUGCCGUCAACGACCAUCAUUAUUACUUGUAACGCUCUCCCGUCGCGGAGAGGGUGCGUUAUCGCGAAAUCUCGCAUAGUUCGGAGGCAGGAAGAGACGAGGUUUGGCGAAGAAAGGGGAAAUAAAUCCGUGCCUGACAUCGCGGGAGGAAGGAAAAGUAGUGUCCUUCAAGUCGAAGGUAGAAAUCAGCAGGCUGGGAGGUCGGUUGAGCGAGGUGGUGGGUCCCGUCGUGGAGGAGGCCAUCGAGCCAGGGGAUGCGACCCCGCUGACGGGACCCUCGAGGGAGUCCUCGGUUCCUCGAGCACCCCCGCCACCGCCGCAGCGUGUCACCACACCGAGUCCGCCGAGACCGCCGCCCACUACGUCUCAGCAUCAUCAGAAUCCGUGUCACCCGGCCCACAAUCCGGGACACCAAAAUCCCGGACAUCGUAACCCGGGCCACUCGCCCAAUCCGGGCAAUCCCGGCCACAAUCCUGGUAACAACCCCGGUCACCAGACCCACAAUCCGGACAAUCCCGGACACAAUCCGGGCAAUCCCGGACACAAUCCGGGCAAUCCGGGCAAUCCCGGUCACAACCCAGGCAAUCCCGGCCACAAUCCGGGCAAUCCCGGACACAAUCCGGGCAAUCCUGGUCACAACCCAGACAAUCCCGGCCACAAUCCGGGCAAUCCCACCCACAAUCCGGGCAAUCCCGGCCACAAUCCGGGCAAUCCCGGCCACAAUCCGGGCAAUCCCGGUCACAAUCCGGGCAACCCGGGUCACAAUCCCGGUAAUCCAGGCCACAAUCCUCAACAGAAUCCUACUGGCCAACCGACACAGAAUCCCAGCCAACCGACCAGUCCGGGACGAGAGGCCCAGAAUCCUCAACCGGGUCAGAACGUGAGUCGCCAGCCGCAACAGAGCAGAGAUCAGGCCGCGCAGCCGACAAGUCAACAGCCGCAGCAAGCGCAACAGCAGCCACCGCAUCUGGAGCACCGUAGCAGCAGUAUGGGGACCGUAUUGUCGUUCAGUCCGCGGGACCGUCGCGGGUCCGUUUACCCGCCGGCGGGUCAUCCCGCCGACUUUACGCUGAACAACUUCAAUUACGAGCAGCUCAACAACGCGAAGAAUCGCGAGAACAAGAGCAGCGUUGCUACGGUGGCGCCGGCGCCGCCCACGAAUCAUCCGCCGACCAACAACAACUCGUUGCAAAACAACAAUAUUAAUCUCAACAACAACGAUAACGCAAGGAUCAUCUCGGAAAAGAAUGCAUUGGAGAAGAAUCUCAAGAAGCAUUCGCUAUUCAUAAACGCCUUGUCGUGGAAACGGUUCAGCACGACCAACAAUAACAAGAAGAAGCUCGACAACAAGAACAAGAACAUCUCCUUCAGGCAGCCGCUCGAUAACAUACCUAUCGUUGAUAAGAAUAAAAAUAUACAGACGCCACAGACAAAACCACCGGCGUCAAACAACAAUCAUACCACGCACAAUCCGACGUGUGAGAAACUGGUGCAGAAACCCCUGCCCCCCGGGCCAAGGAAAACCGUCAUCCAAGCCUCCACCUCGGAAUUGCUCAAGUGCCUCGGCGUCUUCCUGCACAAGAAAUGCACCCGUUUAAGAGACUUCCAAGCCGGCGAUGCUGUCAUGUGGCUUAGGACCGUUGACAGAAAUCUCCUGCUUCAAGGCUGGCAGGAUGUGCCCUUUAUAAACCCUGCCAAUGUAGUGUUCGUGUACAUGUUGGUGAAAGAGCUCGUCGACGGAGACGAGGCAUCCGAGAAAGAACUCCAGGCGACGGUGCUGACAUGUCUUUAUCUGAGCUACAGUUAUAUGGGCAACGAGAUCAGUUAUCCGCUGAAACCGUUCCUCGUUGAAGACAGCAAGGAUAAAUUCUGGGACCGAUGUCUCUUGAUCGUCAACCGACUUAGCUCCGAAAUGUUGCGAAUCAACAGCGAGCCCGGAUUCUUCACUGAAAUCUUCAGCGAACUGAAGGCCUGCGGUUCCAGCGAACGUGGAAGUCUGACUGGCAGCGGCCUCGAACGGAGCCUCGUCGUCUCCGGAGUCGCGGUACCCACCAAGGCAGCUUGACGGAGCUACACACACCUGCUGGUGCGCAUCGCCAGGCACGGCUGCGACGUCACGACG